GGAGGGCGGGGGUCCCUCUCUCUCCUAGGCCUCAGGGGUGAAGGGCUGCAGUGGACCCUCGGGGCGACCAAACAGAGCGCUUAGGUUUAUCCUGAGGCGUUGGUUGGGUCUCUCUGGGCGGCCCUCGAGGGCGAGGAAGGCUGGUUUUUGGCACCUUGUACCCUGCCUAUUCUUCCUACAAAGCGGUGAAGACGAAAAAUGUGAAGGAAUACUGUCUUAAAGCACUGAGCUGCUGAACUUGCAGAUCGAAAGGUCCCAGGUUCAAACCCCAGGAGUGGCGUGAGCGGCCGCUGUUAGCUCCAGCUUCUGUCAACCUAGCAGUUCGAAAACAUGCCAAUGUCAAAUGGAUGAUGUACUGGAUUGUGUUUGCCUUCUUCACCACAGCAGAGACACUCACAGACAUUAUUCUUUCUUGGUUUCCUUUUUAUUUCGAGUUGAAAAUCGCAUUUGUGAUCUGGCUGCUUUCCCCUUAUACCAAGGGCUCCAGCGUUCUCUACAGGAAGUUUGUUCACCCAACGCUCUCCAAUAAGGAGAAGGAAAUUGACGAGUAUAUCAGCCAGGCCCGUGACAAGAGUUAUGAAACUAUGAUGCGAGUUGGAAAGCGAGGAUUAAAUCUGGCAGCAAAUGCAGCAGUUACUGCAGCUGCAAAGGGCCAGGGAGUUUUGUCUGAAAAGCUACGGAGCUUCAGCAUGCAGGAUUUGACUUUGAUACGGGAUGAUGACACUGUGCAUUUGCGGAGCCCUGAGUCACACAUGCGUACAUCUUCCACAGGCCUUCAUGAAGCUGUUGAUGAUUCAGGUGCAUCCUGUUAUUCUUCAUCAGAGGAGAUGGUAGUGUCUCAGCGACAUACUGGAGCCCAAUCCGAUACCAAAACAGAUCCAUCAGAUGAUGAUACAGGAGACAAAGUCCCCAAAAGGACUCAGAGCCUUAAAGCUCCCAAGAAAGUGACGAAGUCUGAGCCUCCACAAAAGACUGUGAAAGCCCGUCCCAAGAAGAAAGUUACAAGCUCCAGUGCUGUUGGUGAAUCAGCCUAAGGACAUCCCUGCCUAUCUAUCCCAGAGCUCUUCUGUCACUUUAAGGGGCACUCACCGAGAAAAGGGAGCUGAGACCGUGUACAUAACAGCUAUUGCUUUGUAGAGCUCAUUCCAAGGCGAGAGGGUGACCGAAAUUUGGCACACGGAUCAGAGGAUGGCCGUCCUCAGGAAUUACAAAUCUUCAUUUUUGUGAUGGAGAAAAAGCUAACCUGUCUGUAUAUAGCCUAUCGCUUUGGAAUUCCCUCUCUGUGUGUAACCCUAAUAGGGAAACUGCUGGAACAACUCUAAUUCGGGUUAGAGCCAUCUUUGGCAGAGAGGCUGGGGGGGAAAGAGAUUUGUGCCACUGAAAUUCUAAUUGAAGGUGAGGAGCUCCCUAUAAUAUUUCAGCAUUUCAUUUGAUGUCAUGCUGUAGCUGCUGUGGGGAAUUGUUAAGAAGUGCCUGAUUUGAAAUGAUUGGUACUAAAAAUAUGUCAUCCAGACUUGCUUUGGCAGGACAGAGAAACAGAAGCAGUGUUUGACUUGCUGCUUUGCUACUUGGGCAGAGGCUCGUUGGUGGUGACAGUGGGCUUGAAUAAGGGUGGGUUUCUUGUGUGUGGAAGACUGCAGAUGUUUUGGGGAGGGACUGAAAGUGAGUUUGUGAGUGAAGGGCAUCUUUAUAUCAGGUGCCUGUUUCUAAAGAGUCCUUUUAUUGUUUGGAGAGGAAUACUGUAACUCAGUUUAUAAUGUUGAGAAGGUAAAACUUUUUGCAUGGUUUUAAAAAAUAUAGAAUAAAGGCAAGAAGGACGCUGUUGAAUUAUAGGAACAGUGCAUGUGGGAUCACCUGAGUAGAUAUCAGUGUUUCUCCAAAGGAUUAGAAUUCUGAGUAGUCCUUAUCUGGCAGCCAAAUCUUUUGGGGCCCCACUUUGAAGUUGCCAUCAUAUUUUAGAUGUUUCAGGUCUGUCUAUUUUCUGUAAGAAUUGUUUGCGAAAGGCAUGUAUGGAAGAUGUUGAAAGGUAGUUAGCUGGACGUGUUUGCUAUGUACUCAAUUAUGCUUUAUUUGCACUGGGAAUAUAUAAGGUAUGAACUUGAUCAGUGCAGCCUGGUUGGUAGACCUCUGAGGUAGGCUUUGUGAGUGACACCUUGAAAUAAGAGAGUGGUGUUCUUGAUUCUUUGGGUAGAAACUGGAUAAGGUUAGUCAGCUCUCAGGAAUUACCCAUUUCUAUCACUACUGUCUUCUAUAAUUCUCUGCUAACUCUGAUUACUAUUUUGUGGCAAUAUUGUGUGGAAUUGUAAAUGUUCUGUCAAGUCAGAGCUCAAUCCAGUCAAACAGGUGAAUUAAUCCUGGGAAACCUCUCUUUUCUAACCAAUUUAAUAUAGCUACACAUGACAUCCAAGGUUGUAGUGCAGGGAUAUUGAGGCACAUAGUAUGCUUGCUAUUUCCUAGGUUAAUGUGUGUGAUAAAGUCUCCAUUUUCUGAAUAUGUGCCAAAGCCACCAGCCUUAAAAAGAGCUGAAACAAAUUGAGAUUUAGACAAUACAGAAACCAAAUUUUAGUUUAUUCAUUUUUCAAUAAGCUGAUACACCAAACUCUAAAAAUGUGUGACAAUAUGGGCUGAGUGGAGGAAUGCAAAAAAAGAAAAGGUUUUGCAGUUGCUUCAGUGUUCAGAUUAAAUCCCAUUGUUUCAUUGCUGGCUGACAUCUACUGCUUCCUAAAGGAAUUAGAUCAGAGGUUAAGUAAGCUCCAUUGAUUUCAGAAGGUCUUUCCUAAUAGUGAACUUACUCUUCAGGCUGCCUCUUUUAACUAGCUUUUAAUGUUUUGUAUAGUGACACAAGAGAAAUGACUUCUCUUUUUUGAUUUAGUAGGCAUUUCUAGAUAAAAUACUGCCUUCGAUAUCUUAGAGAUCAGUUACACAUCUGCACUUUUGUGUUGUACUUCUGUCUUGGGCACAUGGCAGUUUAGAACAAAGAAGAGGCUUCACAACAUGGUUUGCCAUUCUUUAUUUUUUCAGCAGCUGUUUCAUUCUCAAGAUUUGGAAAAUGAUAGAAGACAUUUUAUAAUUUGUCAAGGAUGUUGACCUUAAAACUCAGAUUAGACUUUUAAUAGCUGGAAGAUUGUCUGGAAUUUACUAAAUAUGAGAACAUAGAAACAGAUCGUACUUCUUUCAGAGUUGAACAACCCUUUUCUAGUGCUGGUCAGUUAGUGCCAGGUUUGGAAGGGUGGUGGUUACAUAUGAAACAGCUUGACAUAGAAUAUGAAUGGAAAAGCCAUUUCAGUGCUGGCUUGGCCUUCAUAUUUGUACAUUAUUAGAGAGGGAAGGGCAUUCUAAUUCACAGAAAAAGAAUGACUCUUGUACCAAAUUGCCAUUUCACAGCACACAGUAAUUUUUGUCUGUACAUAUUGCUUUGCAUAUUUCACAGAAUGUAGACUCUUCUCAGGAUCCACUAUGUAAUUUUAAUUUUUAAAAAAUAUUUGCAAUAGCAUCUUACUAAAUAAUUUUUUUCCUACACAAUCAAAUCUGUUUGAAAGAGACUUAAGUCCUGAGACAAUUUUCCCUACGUUUUAAAAUUAACAAUUAAAUUAUCAUAGGAAAAUGAAAGGUUAAAAAUCUAAGGGCCCAUCCAGACAGGCCCUAGGAUGCCGGGCCUGUCGGGCUUUUACCUGAGGUGCCCAAAUGACACCUCAAGUAAAAGCGAGAUAAACCCUGCUUUGUCCCUAAUUAAUUAAAUAUUCCCAUUAGAUCUGGGCCUUCCCGAAAGGCCCAGGUCUAACAAGGUAUUGGGCCUAAGGGGACUGACUCCCGGGUAGUCCUGGGACUACCCAGGGGUCAGCCCCUACAGCCCUCAUGGUUUUUCGAGCUCCAUGAGUCCAGAGAAGUGAGAGGGCACCCAUCCCUCCCCCCAUGCAAAAUCCCCCCACACACACACACACCUCCUGACGUUUUGUUUCUACACUCCAGGAGGACUGCCGGAGCAGCGUAAUGGCCGCCCAGUAAGUUUUCUUUAAUUUGUUUUCUCCUCUUCCUGAGAACUUCGUAAUAUAAUAAUUGAACAUGUAAUUUUAAUUGGAUAGUUCCAAAUAAACAGUGGAAACAAUACUAGAUUCUUUUGGGCAACUUUCCUAUAAGCUUUGCCAAGGAAACCCCCUGAUAGGGUUGCCAUUAGUCAUAAAUUAUUUGAAAGCACAAAACAACAGCAGAAGCUUACCAUAGCAACAUUCCACGAUUGUGAUUUCAGACAGUAGGGUUGCAAGCAAGAGCACAUAUGCAGCUAUCUGAAAACUAUGAAAUAGCUUUGGUGUUACAUUAUACUUAUCAGAGAUUCUUUAUUUGGUAUGAGUCUGUGGUUUUCUUCUGGAGCCGAAUUAAUCUACAAAAGGUCUUCAUCCUGACAUCUAUACAGUCUUUUCUGUUCCAGACAAAAGAGUGCCUUCCAGCAUUGUUUAGACCAGAAGUAGGUCAGUGUCCUCCAUUCAUGGCCUUUUGGACUACCAUUCCCAUCAGUCAUUCUCAGUAGACUGGUAUUGGCUGGGCUGAUGGAAUUUGUAUCCCAAAACAUAUGGAGGGCUCCAAGCUACCUAGCCCGGGCUUAGAUUGAAGUAUUUCUUCUCACUUCAAGGAGAGUCCCCAACUCUUUUUUGUCCUUUUUCUAGGAUAUUUGUGUUACACCAGAGUAACUGGCAAUGUUUUCUUUGUAUAUAGAGUGGUACAGAAGGAUUAUGCUCUUACUUCCAUCAAUGGAAGUUACAUUACCUUCUAUUAGAGAGUGACUUCUUUGCUGAAAAGUCACUCCCAGUCCAACUCUAUUGAUCUGCUUCUCCAAAAGCAACUGUUUGUACUUCUGGAUCUUUUGCUAAGAUUAGUGAACUCUCAUAUCUCAAUUGCAUAAAGAGGACAAUGCUACUGUCAUCGUUUUGCAAUCAUUCAGAAAUAAUUUGGUUGAAUUUGCAUGGUAGAACAGACAGGCUUAUUGCCUGGAAUGCCAGCCAGUUUCCUUAUUUAUUGGGACAGACAAAAGCAACAAGGGCACCAUCCCUUAGCCAUUAUGUUCUCUGCUACUUGCUAGCAAAGCAGUAGGUGCAAACAAAGAAAUUAGCUAAACUGAAACCUGUUCAGUGGUGUUUUGCUGCUUCAGUAUCUUAUUGGACAUUGUGUUAGUUACAGGCAAAGAUACUGCUGAUUUCAAACAACAGUUUCCAGAGAACUGAAGGCAGUAUUAUAGAGUGGUCAUUGGCUGCGUUUAUGAACAUUAUUUCCCUGCUACUGACCUUGUACUGCCUCUGGUUAAACUAACUUUACAGAUAUUAUAGCAUGCCAAGCAGUGUGGGGUUUGGGGUAGCUAAAGCAUGUUCCCAGCCCAAGCAGAAUCACUAAAGUAUAGAUGCAUUCUUGAGGAGAUUCUUGUGAAUAAUGUUGGUCAUAAAUAAUGCCCAUAUUCAAGCAGAGAACUAUCCUGGAAUUGGUGUUAAAGUUGUUUAAUUGAAGGAGUGCCUAUAUCCCCAUGGAUAAGGCACAAAUGUGAGUGUAAGGCUACUGUUUCCUCUCGGCAGUGUUCCAUAAUUCAAAAAAAUAUUUAAUCCUUUAAAAAUACAAAUUUCCUUAGGAGUGAAAUGGACCAGACAGAAGUUAUUUUUGAUCUGGUCUAGUCAGUGUUACCUCUGCCUUGAUCUUUAUUGGGACCACAAGGAGCUGUUCUUUUUGGGAGUUAGAGCAAGCAUUCUAUGGGCAGACUUUCCCCUCCUUAUCCCAGAUCUUAUUUUUGGCAGGGCUAGAUCAGUCCCUGGGAAAAUAGUAUACAAUCAUGGCCUGCCCUGUUUGCAAAAGGAAGCAAAUUUUGCCUUUGGAGCAAGGCAGGACAGGACAAGGAGCUGUAGUGUGUUAAAGAGAUGACUACAGGAGGUCACCCACAGGAUUUCUGUGACUAAACUGAGAGAAUGAAAGGGGAUUUCCACAGAGUUGGGAUAACAGCCAGUUAUUCUUGGGAUUUGUUUACACUUGGAGGAUGAGUCAGCUAUACGAAGUAAUAGAAACAGAGAAAUCUAUCAGUAGGCAGUGGGAGUGAAGCCAUUUCCUUCUCUUGUUCAGAGUGUUGUUCUCAGCCAUUUUGCCAAUUGAGUCCAGCUGCUUUACACUCAGUCUCCUCAUGUUUGCAGCUGAACGGGCAGGGAGGCACACAGUCUAUCCCCCCUGUCAAGGUAUUAUAUAUGCACACUAACCAUGUCAAACUUGCCUCCUGAGACCAGAUGUUCAGCAAACCAGAUGCCUUUGAUGUUGCACUGUUCUUUGUACUCACUGCACCAACCGCUGGUGCUUUUGGGGAUUUGGAUUGUUGCCGGUGUCUUUCAUCUUACUGCUCUGUCCAGCACAAGUAAUUUUGGUAUUCCAAGAAAGAUAGUCCCAAGAUCUCUUCCUUCUUCAGGACUCUGUGUUCUGUCUCAACGGAAUUUUUCAAGGAGUAUACAAACUAGGGAAAUCUUCACAAUCAGGGACACUUCCUCAGAAGGAAGCUUUGCACCUCAGCCCUUAAGAAAAGCCGUAUCCUUGCAGGAAGGAAAACAUAUUAAUCUCAUAUGAAGAUAACACAGUGUUCUCUUUUAAUGCUGUAUAGGAAAAUAGGGCAAUCCAGGAAAGAACUUGAUUCUUCUCUUUAGGAAACCAUUGUUUUCUCAAGUGGCAAUCUGUAUAUUGUGUCAUAUCUAACUUGUUUAGAAAAUCUGAUGUAGUUGGUAGAGGGAAGUUUGGAAGCAAGUGUUCUGGUAUCUGUGCUCACACAUCAGGAAUAUGUAUUAGCAUCUCACAGUCUGUGCACCUAGCACUCACCAAUAUUAAUCUAUUGAACUUACACUGAUAUUUAUUUUUUACAAGCUCUUAGUGAUUGAUAAAGAUCUCUGUUAGGCUCAUGUGUACAAUCUAAUUAUCCCAGAACAAGUUGUUUAUAACUGUAUUAGUCUUACCUGAGUCUUUUAUAUAGCAGCGACUGAAGAGGAAAAACAUGUUUUUGGGUUCAGUUACGUUGCAUGGUUUCUUUAGUGGUUUUCACUAUGUGGUAACUGGAAUCACAUCACAUGGGCAGUUGGGAGAAGGAAUCUCACUAAAUGUAUUAUAGGCUUGUUUAAAGGCUAUAUAGAAUGUACUUCCAUCAAUCCUUCAAUUAGCCCUCCACCAAGGCUUCUGCAAUGCAUCUGGCCAGGCAGAAUAUGCCUGGGUUGUCUCCCUUCCUCUUCCACAACCUCAGCAGGCCUGGAGUUCUCUUUGAUUCAGUAGUUGUAACUUCAAAACUCUGGUGGCUGUUUUUCUCCCUUCCUCAACAGAGUGUCUGAACAGUCAAUAGGUUGCGGUCUCGGACCAACGUUUUGGGAUCAACUGUGUAGUGUGAUUACAAAGAAGAAGCAAAAGUUUACAGCAGCCCCUCUGACUGUGAAAUCCUCCUUCCUUGGAAACACUCUGGACCAGAAAGAUGGACUUUGAUGUUAGAACUUUGAGUCUCUGUGGAUGACUGAUUUAUUUGAACAAGUGUUUGUAGCAAAGUCCAGUAUUGAAGCUGCUACUGUUCUGUUUGCAAUGAUACAUUGGAAUCAGAAAUAAUAUGGAAUGUAGAAAAAAUA